CUGUUUUGCAAAUAAGCGUAAUUUUGUUUCUGCUUUGGUGUACGGUUUCAGGCAGCUCUGACAGAAAACUGUGACGAUAGACUGAGAGAGGGCGAGACUCUCCAGCCUCUUCAAAAGUUCAAGGACCGGACUGUUUUACUGGUUCCUUGAAUAUCUUUUUUUAAGUGUUCACGGGACCAAGGAUGCAACUUUGAAUGCAAAAUUGGUGGCCAGGCUUUUGGUUUUUUUGUAUGUACAAAAGACUGGUUUGAGAUAAUUGAUUUGAAAGAUUUUCAUUCUUUGUCAUGGAGACCUUGUGGAAGCUUUUAUAUUUGCUGGAGCCUGCACCUGUUACCCUUAUAGUGACAGCAGUGGCCGUGACAUUUGGGUCUGCUUUUCGUGCUUUAAAUUAUGGGAAAGAAAUGGAGAGGAAUCUUGACUUGUCUGAAGCAACCAUUACAUUGGAUAGGUCUCAAGCACUAAUGAUCCCAAUAAUGAGUUCUUGCAGUUUGCUUUUGAUGUUUUACCUGUUUUCGUCUGUCUCCCAACUCCUUACUGCAUUCACAGCCAUUGCCUCUGUUUCAUCUCUUUUCUUCUGCCUCUCUCCUUUUGUUGCCUAUAUAAAGUCACAUUAUGGCUUGGCAGACCCAUUUGUGUCCCGUUGCUGUGCAAAGUCAUUUACAAGAAUUGAAGGGUUAUUGUUGCUAUCAUGCUCUCUUACUGUUGCAGCCUGGCUUGUAUCUGGGCAUUGGAUAUUGAACAAUCUGUUGGGUAUUUCAAUUUGCAUUGCAUUUGUGAGUCAUGUACGCCUUCCAAACAUCAAAAUAUGUGCAAUGCUCCUCGCAUGCUUGUUCGUAUAUGACAUAUUCUGGGUGUUCUACUCAGAGAGAUUUUUUGGUGCCAAUGUCAUGGUGUCAGUGGCGACUCAGCAAGCAUCAAAUCCUGUUCAUACAGUGGCCAAUAGUUUGAGUCUUCCAGGGUUGCAAUUGAUUACAAAGAAGCUUGAGUUGCCUGUGAAAAUAGUCUUCCCCCGAAAUUUGUUCAGUAGUACAGCUCCAGGAGGAAAUACUACAGAUUUCAUGAUGCUUGGCCUUGGGGACAUGGCUAUUCCUGCCAUGCUUCUAGCUUUAGUUCUUUGUUUUGACUACCGAAAGAGCAGAGAUCCGGUGAAUCUCUUGGAUUUAUAUUCUUCCAAGGGACAAAAAUAUAUAUGGUAUGCUCUUCCUGGGUAUGCCAUUGGAUUGGUAAUCGCCUUAGCAGCUGGUGUCCUGACUCGCUCACCCCAACCUGCACUUCUCUAUCUGGUGCCUUCAACCCUUGGACCUGUUAUUGUUGUCUCUUGGUUUAGGAGGGAACUGCCCGAGUUGUGGGAAGGAAGCUUGUCUAAUGUCAAUGACAAAGCACGGCAAAUAGAAGUUUGAGCCCACCUCUGCGGUUUGCUCCAUGGAGUUUUGUGGGCAAGCAAAAAGUUGUAAAUUCACCAGGAAAUUCAAUCCAUGAAAAACUUAAACAAGAGAAUCAACAAUUUGAUGUUUACUUAAUUGUAUUUAACUCUUCGCACAACCAAUUCAAAUGUCAGAGAUGAAAGAAGGGAAGGAAAUUUAUCU